AUGGCAGGCACCAUACGGCCCAAUGACAUGAAUGUCUCCACCACGCCGACGCUCUCGUCGGGCACCCUGCCCAGCCUCACAUCUCUCCAGACGGACCUCACCAAGAAGCCCAACGCGCCGCGCGCCCCCCGUGUAGACGUCGAGCCCCUGUACGCCGCAGUCAAAGGCUCCAUAAGCGACGCAGACUGGACCAUCUACAAGAAAGCCCUCUCCUUCUUUCUCCUCGGCAACCUCAACCAGGAGGAGCUGUCCCACAAGCUGUCCAAGAUCCUCACCACGCCCGCCCUCGAACACGCGCACAAUGCGCUCUUCACGGCUAUAUACGCCAACAUAUGGCGCGACCCGCCCGAAGCAGGCAUCGCCAGUUGGGUAUCGAGUAGUGAUAAGCCGACGAGCGGGACGGUCAAGGGGACAGGGGACGAGAGCGAAAAGAGACUGAAACACGAGGUUAUGCAAUUGAGUCGGAGGGAGAGAAAGCGGCUGAAGGGUAUACCGGCAGGCGAGAGCCCGCUGAGUACGGGGCUCGAGGGCUUGGGCGCGGGUGCUGCUGGACCGGUGCAGGAGUAUGUUGACGCGAGACGGGCGAAGCAGCUCGAUGUUGGGCCGAGCAGCAACCAGGGCGGUGGAUUUGGAAAGACGAACUGGGAACUCGAGAUUCGGAAACGGUAUACCUCGGCCCUCUACGCCGAGACGCACGAAUUCCCCACCGCGACGACGAUAUCCUACCGCCUCCUACCAAUAUGCUACGAGUUCGGACUACCUCAAGGCCAUACGUCCGAUUGCCCAGACUACCUCAACAUCGCUACCGAGACAUACAUAAAAGAAGCACUGGCAAACUUACUAGGCAAAGUAAGCAGUAACGGCCCUGGAUAUGUGCGCACAGGCGAGUUCAAGAAGAAGCUCGCGCGAGAGGAAAGAUUAGUAGACCGCGGCGAGCUGGCCCGAGGCAUCGGCGGCGAACUCCCCGUCGAAGCAGAAGAACGACGAAAGAGGAAACUCCUGUGUAUGGAGGACCUGAGACUCGCGCUGGAACUCGGAGACUCGUACCUCGGACAAACACCACUGAUUGCGGGAUCGAUAAUGAACUCGAGGUUUCUGGAUACGCACGGCAUCGAGGACAUCUACAAUGCGCCCGCGAAACCGCUUACGAAUGGUACUCUCACCAAUGGUAUCAAUGGCAUUGCAAACGGGACUAAGCACGACCUCAACGGCGAGACUUGGACAAUCGACUUUGGUGAUCCGAUGCAGAUUGAUGAUGAAGUGGGUAUGCACUGGCAAGGAGGCAGUGUACAGGAUAUGCAAGAGAUGGACGAUGCGCUUGACGAUAUUCUGAACCUCGGCGAUCUAUAG